GGGACCAAACGGGAGGCGACGUUGGAGAAAAGAGGUUAAGAGCAGUGACUAAGAGAGGCCACUGAACAUCUUCGUCCCCGAGAGCUGCCUUUCUGCGACAGGCAAGAGACCAUAUAUACUGAGUAUGAGUACACGUUAGAAAGAUAGCGGAGAGAAGGCCGAGUCACAAUAAACUCCUAAUAGUGGAGUUCAUUUGCUGUUGCUGCAGAUAUCAAAACCCUCGUUUCCCUGAGCAUCCUAGCAGACCCGAGGUGGCUGCAUUGUGAUAAUUAUGUGGGUAUAGGGCAGGACGGGGUCCUUCCAAUCUUGUUUGCCUCUGCAGAGCCUCGGCCUGCCACCUGGAAGAUGCCGAGAUUCUGCUACAGUCGCUCGGGGGCCCUGCUGCUGGCCCUCCUGCUUCAGACUUCCAUAGACGUGUGGAGCUGGUGCCUGGAGAGCAGCCAGUGUCAGGACCUCACCACGGAAAGCAACCUGCUGGCUUGCAUCCGGGCCUGCAAACUCGACCUCUCAGCGGAGACGCCCGUGUUUCCAGGCAACGGGGAAGAACAGCCCUUGACUGAAAACCCACGGAAGUACGUCAUGGGUCACUUCCGCUGGGACCGCUUCGGCCCGAGGAACAGCAGCAGUGCUAGUGGCGCGGCGCAGAGGCGUGCGGACGAAGAGGCAGCGGGGGGAGAUGGCCGUCCGGAGCCGAGUCCACGCGAGGGCAAGCGCUCCUACUCCAUGGAGCACUUCCGCUGGGGCAAGCCGGUGGGCAAGAAGCGGCGCCCGGUGAAGGUGUACCCUAACGUCGCCGAGAACGAGUCGGCAGAGGCCUUUCCCCUAGAGUUCAAGAGGGAGAUAGAAGGCGAGCAGCCUGAUGGCUUGGAGCACGUCCUGGAGUCCGACACCGAGAAAGACGACGGGCCCUACCGGGUGGAGCACUUCCGCUGGGGCAACCCGCCCAAGGACAAGCGUUACGGCGGCUUCAUGACCUCCGAGAAGAGCCAGACGCCCCUGAUGACGCUCUUCAAGAACGCCAUCAUCAAGAACGCGCACAAGAAGGGCCAGUGAGGGCGCAGGGGUCUUCUCUCUCCAAGGCCCCCUCCCUGCAUGGGCGAGCUAUUGACCUCUAGCCUUUUAGAGUUACCUGUAGUUAGGGAAUAAAACCUUUCAGAUUUCACAGCCGGCUUUGAUCUUCAAUAUAGACUGUGUGAAUAAAGUCAAACACACAACCGUCCAAUUACACUA